AUGUCAUCUAAUCGUGGUGCACUCCAGCCUCCUCAUGCAGCUAUUAAACAGAGAUCAAGCAGAAAACGCUGGGUAAUUGUUACUUUCCCCGAAGGUAAUGAUUAUUCUGUGAUAACAACGAAUUGGGUGCUAAAAAGCGUAGAUGGUCUAGGGAAUAAAGUUAUAAAAUGUUUAUGGGCACCCUUUUCUAAUGUGACAAGCGACAUAAUUCAAAACGCAAUGGAGCCAUCUGAUAACUGGAGCACUCAUACAAUUAAACUACAAGAAAAUGGCAAAGAAUAUAGUUGUUUUAACAAGGCUUGGCAUAAGCAGGUAGAAAUGUCUGAAGAAUCUUCAACUGAACAGAGUAAGAGGAGUAAAAUUAAUGAAGAAUCUUCAGAUUCUGAUGGUGGAAGCGAAGAAGAACUUAUUCAAACAAAUAAACAGAAUAAAAUGAUGGGACUUUUGAAUUUAAUUUAUAAAGAGCAAAUUCAAAAUCGGGUUUUAUACGACCGGUUGUUAUCUAAAGUUAAUAAUAUUGAAACAAACUUCGAUGAGAAUUUUUUGUUAAACUGGCCUAUCAUUAACGAACAAACAUUUAAACACGUUGAAAACAGUUUAUUAGAUAAUUUAUUUGUUCAACAAAUGGUACUUUUUUUUAAUUCUAUUGGUGGCAAUUCGGUUAAAGACAAUCUAAAAAGAAUAUUAAUUAAAAUGUUUAGUGAUGAGUUAGCGAUACGUUGCUCGUGGACUGGUAGAGGAAAAGAUAUUACUACGAAAUUAUGCGAUGCAAAAAUAGUAACCGUAUUAAAAAGGUGUAUAAGAAAAAAUCAGAAAGAAUACAGUGACGCAUUAUUUGAAUCUGUGUUUGCUGAUUGGUUCAGAUAUGCUACAACAAGACAUAGAAGAUCAUUAGAAACUAAUCAUUAG